AGCUCUGGUGGCGCAGUGUGGAGACGACAACAGAAAACAUGGCCGCAUUCUGUUGAGGAUUUUCUUUGUGUUUGCCAAGUACAAUUUCACCAUUUUAGGCCGAAAUUCAAAUUGAGCUCGUCAGUCAGGAGCCUAGGGGAAAUGAUUCAUCCUGCAGUUUCGGUUCAUCAGCUGCCGCGGAACCAGCAGCCUCCGAACAGCAACACAAACAGGAUGCCGCACCACCAAAUCCCGAUGCGGAUGCCCCAGCCUCGGCUGGCCGUGCCGCAGUCACACCCCCACCUGAUGUUGGGCUUGCAGCCGUCUCCGGCUGGAGUGAUGGUGCCAGUGGCCGCCCCCCUCGUGGCAGCCCCUGUGGUCCAGCCGGUGGCUGCUGCUGACGAGCCGCCACGAGCUCCGACGGUAAUCGCCACGCCCCAGCAGUCCGAAGACUCUGCUGGUGAUGACGCUGAUCUUGGGGACUCGUCGGACUCCUCUGCCCCCCUACAGUCCACCUUGGCAAACACUAAAGAGAAGACACCCAUGUGCCUGAUCAACGAGCUGGCAAGAUUUAACAAAAUCACCCACCAGUACAGACUGACAAGUGAGACGGGCCCUGCACACAAGAAGCAGUUCACUGUCACCCUGCUGCUGGGAAACGAGGAGUACACUGCUGAAGGCGCCAGCAUCAAGAAAGCACAACACGCUGCUGCUGCGAACGCCCUGGUCCAAACGCGCUCUGAGCACCCUCCUCCAAAAACGCAGCGAGUGCUGAAGGUGCACAAAGCAAACGUAACGCCAACUGUUGAGCUGAACGCACUGGCAAUGAAACGAGGGGAGCCUACUUCAUACACACUGCUAGAGCCACUGCCAAGCCAGUUUCCUCCUGUGUAUCCGCGAGGCCUGCCCUACCAGCGCUUCCACUUCAACAAACAGAUCAUGUAUCCUCCAGCUCCUCCCCCUAUCUUUUAUGUUACUCUAAAGGUGGGCGAAAGAGAAUUCUCUGGACAGGGAAAGACGGCCCAGGCGGCCAAGCACGAUGCCGCUGCCAAGGCCCUGAUGGAAUUGAAAGCGCUACCCUUGCCAGAGAGCAGUGGUCAAGAAAAUGGCCUGGGCAAGGAUAUUGAUGAAGAUGGGUGCAACCUGAAGUCCCCGAUUUCUCAGGUGCACGAGAUAGCUUUGAAAAGAAAUUUGGCUGUGACUUUCGAGGUGAUCAAGGAGAGGGGUCCUCCACACAUGAGGACUUUCCUCACCAGCUGCAAAGUGGGUGACAUAAUUACUGAAGGAGAGGGAAACAGUAAAAAAACGUCAAAGAAAAAAGCUGCAGAGAAUAUGCUGGAGGAGCUGAAGAAGUUGCCUCCUCUGACUCCUCCUGAUGUGGUAGUCCCUCUAAGAGCGAAAAAGAAGCAACCUGUCGUCAAGAAGAAAACGAGGAACCUUAUUAAGGUUGCUCAGGAGCCUAAAAGCAAGCAAGAGAGCGUUGAAGAAAUCAACCCAAUAUCCAGGCUGAUUCAAAUUCAGCAGGCCAAGAAAGAAAAGGAGCCUGAGUACACCCUUGUGGAAGACAGGAACAAUUCAAAGAGGAGACAAUUCGCAGUAAUGGUCACGGUAGGUGAUCAGUUCUGCACUGGUUUUGGACCAAACAAGAAGGUGGCUAAGAGGUGCGCUGCAGAAGCAAUGCUCAAGAAAAUCAACUGCGUGCCAGUGGAAAAUACUGACUUGAAAAAUAAGAAGGACAAAAUCCGAAAGGUCAAGUUCCAGGACGAAGCCUUGGUUGAGUCGAAAGAGCCGACGAGCCAGCCAGGGGGCACCAGUGGCCGCCAGCUGGUGCCCGGCUUGUUGCUGAUGACCGACGCAGCUGCCAGCAAUGGUCAGGCCGGCAGCUCGGCGGCCAAAGGUGCGGCCAACCCUGUUUGCCAGACGACCGCUUUGAUCGCCAAGGAACUGCUCAACUCAGGCAGCUCCCCGACGGCCGAGGCGCUUGUCACCGCGGGCAAGAUCGUCGGACAGGCCCAAGGAGGUGCAGCUAGUCCUGUAGAGGCGGAACCCGCACCCGCGGAGACCAACGUGGAGCAGGACUCCUCCAGUGGUAGCUCUGGCGGCCAAGCUAAUAAGCCGCUGCUAAACUACCUGGCUAAGCUCUUGAAAUUCACCGUGCAGUACUCUGAUUUUCCGAGAGUGAAUCAGAACGAGUUUCUCAGUUUGGUCACCCUGACCACCAAUCCUCCACAGACCCACCAUGGCUCUGGGCCCACUAUUGAAGCCGCUCAGGAGCUAGCUGCGCACACAGCCUUGAGAGCUCUCUCCGAGUAUGGUUUCAAUACUUCCAACCUCAAUUUAAAGGACGAAAAAAGCGACAAUUAGAAAAUCUGUGUCUAAUGGAUGGCUCAACGAUGCGGCCAUGUAUCGCCCAACAAUGCAACCCUCUCAGCUGGAGGUUUGCAUUGUUGAGCCAUCCAACUACGCUGUCUUCUGUUCAUCAACCUAAACUAACUAACUGUUGUGCUGCAACUAAACUCAUCAAGAAGCAUUUUGUUGGCCCCGACAGAGGCGGUGGCCGAGCUCUGGCGGCGGCUCUAGCAGCAAGGGCCGCCCUCAGCCCCUCGACUCUUCACUCAUGAAGUUCUCUGUGUCAAGCAUCUUGGUGUGCCCGACUAGAGUCGGUCCUGUGUAUUCUUGAUUAGCCUGUGUUGUUAGUUCUCACAAUGUCGGGAGUCACCCACGGACGCACCAUUUAACACAAAUCGUGAAUUUGCAGAUUAAUUUUGUAAUCUUUUCAUUUCUCUUUGUUUUCUUAUUACUCGACUGCUCUUAAGGUUUUGAUGCAAUCAGAGUUGUUAAUAAUUGUAUGAGUAAAGCGUAGUUGACUUCUUGCUUUUUAGGUCUUUACAACUUAAGCCUAGUUUAGUUUCACUUUUGAACAUAAUUUUUCGAUUUUCUAAUGGCAUGUCCUUAACUUUUUGUGACAUUUCAGACUAACGUGGAGAUGCAAGUUUUAUAACUUAUUUUCUCUGACACAUUGGUACCAUCUAAUGAGAAUUAUAAACUUUUGGUGCCUCCAUGGGUUGAUUUCAGCACUCGUAGAAUUCAUUAACCCUUGAGCAACAAGCUCUUCCAAUGAAACAAAAAAUAAAUGCUGUAGAUUGUUGUUUGUCCCUUAGAUCAAGGUGACGUCCCCAGCUGAUCUCAGACAGCAGGCGACAUCACUUUGGAAGUAUUAGGCCCAUAACAUAAAAAUGGGUCCUUGCCGAGGCCCGUUCUGGCCCCCCUCGGUCCAAUAUUUCUCUCACACAGUGAAUUUCAUGUUAUGUUUUACCUUUGAGCUUCUAGAUCAGCAGAGAGGCCACUGCGCUAAUCUCAUACUUUCAGACAAUUCACAAUUAUCAUAGUCUCGUCAACUGGCAAAUUCCAAUCACUAUUUACGAGAUUAGCGCUGGCCCUCUGCUUUCUUACAUAGCUUCAAAAUAAAAAAAGAAAAUACUACGCAACCAAAA